CAGGACCUUUGAGACAGGGAAACAGCAUGUGUACACAAAGGGAGAGAGAAGAGGAGGAGGAGCUACAGGGCUGGGAUUUUUAAGAAGGAGGAGAAGAGGAGUCACAAUGAACCUGAAAUUCUCCUAUUCUGGACUCCCAGGGUGGGCUUACAAGAGAGAGAUAGACAGGAAAACAAGCACAAUGGAUGUGGAGUGAUGCAAGGGCUCUGAUUGGACAAAUGUAAGAGACUACAGAGCGCUGAGCGUUUCAGAGAGAAGAAAAUGACAUUUAGUUGUAACAGCAAGACUGUUCUGGGGUUGUAAGCUGGAAGGGAGGCUGACAGGGGGAAUGUGGGGAUUAGUAAUGGAAGGACAAAUACACAGAAUUACAGAUGAACCACCUGUCAUUUUAAAGAUGAGGUGAGCACAUACGCACAUCAACACAAAUAGACACAGAAACCUCGAGCACUCAGACUUCAGGACAGGAGGUGGAUAGAUCGGAUCCGGCUCCCUGCAGAGCACAUGAUCUUUGAAGAUGCUGUAAAACGUCUGCCUUCACGAUCACCUAGACCUGGAAUCUAGAGAGAGACCAACCUCUUUGCGACAACCUCUGGAUAUUGUAGAUUAUAUUCUUCAUCUUCUGCAGGACCCCCAAACUCCUUGAUGGGCUUGGGAUCAGGUGGAUCACCUGUGCCAUGAGGUGUCUGUUUAUGAGCCUGUGUUGAAGCGACCCACCCCGGAGGCUCUGUCAGCCUAUGCCUUCUUCUCCCCUCAACUUGAUGUCUUGAUGUAUUGCUGUGGGCUGGGACACUGGCGGAGAGUGCAGUCCACCUAUGGAGAGCGUCAGGACUCGGACGUUGUUGAGGAAAGAAAUGCUCAGGUGCAGCUGGAGAAGGCCAAGUACAAGCCUGUGGCAUUUGCUGUACGUUGCAACUUCUCUUACACACCAGCUGACGACGACAACGUCCCUGUACCAGGUCAGGCCGUCACCUUCGAGGCCAGAGACUUCCUGCACGUCAAAGAGAAAUUUAACAACGAGUGGUGGAUCGGACGGCCGGUAAAGGAGGAUGGUGUGGUGGGGUUCGUCCCUAGUCCAGUUAACCUGGAAACCAUUCUCAUCAGAAGGGAAGUUCAAGCAAGGAAAGCUGCCAAGGCCUUAGCCAACAAAGCAGCUUCACAGGCGGCUCAAGAUAUGAACUCAAAGAAAUAUACUCCUCCAUCACAAGCCAAUCAGCAAGUGAAAAAGAAACCGGGAGAGCAGGUGGUCAUGUAUGAUGUAGUGCCUACAAUGCGUCCUGUGGUUCUAAUGGGACCAUCGCUGAAGGGCUUAGACGUCACAGAUAUGAUGCAAAAAGCAUUAUUUGACUUUUUAAAACAUCGAUUUGAAGGCAGAAUUACUAUAACACGAGUCACAGCUGACAUCUCUUUGGCUAAGCGGUCCAUCCUCAAUAACCCUGGUAAAAAGGCCUUAAUGGACAGGUCCAACACCCGUUCUAAUUUAGAUGCUGCCGCCCAGAUCCAGGGGGAGGUGGAGCGUAUCUUUGAGCUGGCCCGCAGUAUGCAGCUGGUGGUUUUAGAUGCAGACACGGUCAACCACCCCCUGCAGGUGUCCAAAACUUCCCUGGCUCCAAUUCUUGUCUAUGUGAAGAUCUCCUCACCAAAAGUAUUAACGAGAUUGAUCAAGACCAGAGGGAAAUCUCAAACCAAACAUCUUAAUGUUCAGCUUGUAGCAGCAGACAAGCUUGCUCAAUGUCCGCCGGAAAUGUUUGAUGUCAUCUUAGAUGAAAACCAGCUAACAGAUGCGUGUGAGCACAUUGCUGAUUACCUUGAGUCCUACUGGAGAGCCACUCACCCACCUGAGAUGGAACCUACUAAUGCAAUGAUGGCACAGCUGGCUGAGAACACGCUUCCUGCAAGUCUGACAGCGACACCGGAGGAGCAGAAGAGUAAAAACUCAGCAGCUCCAAAGAGGAAGGGCUCCCGUGACAACCAUCUAGACAAGGAGCCCCCAUCAGCCCCAGCUCACGAGCAGAGACCCGAGGAAGGCCAAAGAGAGGAUGAGGAAGAGGAGCAUCUUUUGAAGACUGAACCAAAGAGACCACAGCAUACACACCACCAUCAUCGCCACCAUCACCACCACCGGAUGGAGCACCACACUCAGCACAGCCAAACAUCCGGUGGGGGAGAUAUACAAUCAAGCAGGGAUUACAGCCAGAGACUUUCACGGAGGCACUUCCCUGAAGAGAAGGAGGAUGAGGUGGAGGAUGCAGCGGAGGGGGAUGAGGAUGAGACACGCUAUAACCACCGUGGCCACAACCACCACCAUCAUAACAGCAACCACCACCACCAUCACCACCACCACCAUCAUCGUGGGAACAGCCAGCUACAUGACAAGGACGACUAUGAGCAGGAGCACAAUGAACGCAACCGGCAACAAAGACAUCACCAGCACAUUCCACCACGGACACAUCAUACAGAUCACUAUGCUGCACACAGUCAUCACAGCUACCACCAUUACCACGGCAGAGACAGGGACCGAGAUCGAGAAAGAGAAAGACACAGGGACAGAGACAGAGAUAGGGAUCGAGUUAGAGACAGAGAUGCAAGACAGUGGCACAGAGAUUCCUAUAUACACUAACAAUGACUUGUUUCCACUGUGGGUUGGCGCACAGUUUUAUGCUGCUCAUUUUAUAAUGCACUUAUGGGAGCAGAUUGUGUCUUCUUUGCAAGCAAUUUGUCUCCUCAUAUUGUUUCCAGUCCUUUUACAUCUUUCCCCUCUGUCUCACACACACACUGUCUUUUUCUUGUGCUUCACCAAAAAUGAUUUAAACAGUUAUAGGUUAAUCUUUUGUCGUCCGAUCCUCUUUGUAUGAAAAGAUAGAUUGCUUUUGUUUGGUUGCAUUGUAUUGUGUUCUAAGCUAAUUACUUCCUUUGCAAUUUUCUAUGAAUCUUUCCUCUUACAAUUUCCUACUUUCCAACAUUACAUCCUUAAAAGCCUGCCAUGUUUGUCUAUAAUCUAAUAUGUGACAUAUCACAAAUCUCCCAACUCUUUAAAAGAACCAUGAUUCUGUACAGGAAAAAAAAGUAGAUAAAUUGAAUGAAAACAAAAAAAAUAAUAAUCAGUAUCUAAAAUGCUGAGCAUUUUUCAUUCCAACUACAAAGCCAAAUGUUUGGCUUUGUAG